GGGUCACAUACCGAGCUCCAGUGGACACCCGACACAGUAUGGCUCUGCUGACGGCUAAGCAUUUGUUUUUCCUGUUUGUUGUUUCGCUGCUUGGUGUUACGUUCUGGAUUUCGCUGCUUGAAAGAAACUCCCGUGCUGGUGAAUUAUUAACGAUUCCACCCUGGCUUGCACGCUACAGCAAUGUGACCGCCGAUCCCGAUGGAAGGCCGGGUGAUAUGGGCCGUCCGGUGGUAUUGCCAGAUAAUUUGUCACCAACUGUACUCGCGCUGGUUCAGCGUGGCUGGCAGGAGCAAGGACUGAACCAGUACGUUUCGGAUAUGAUUCCACUGCACCGACGGCUUCCGGACGUGCGUGAUCCUUGGUGUAGGGCGGAGGAACAGGCGCGACGAAGCCAAAACAUUGGUCCGACCACACUGCCAGCUUCAUCGAUUGUGAUUGUGUUCUACAAUGAAGCUUGGUCUGUGCUGCUAAGGACCGUGCACUCCGUUCUUGAUCGUACACCGAGUGAGUUGAUCGAAGAGAUACUGCUCGUCGAUGAUAGCUCGACGAUGGAGCAUCUGCACCAGUCGCUAGAGCAGUACAUAGCCAAUCUUCCGAAAGUUCGUCUCAUACGUGCUCCGACGCGGCUUGGAUUGAUUCGUGCGCGACUCCUCGGUGCAAAGUCCGCCCGGUCGGGGAUUAUCACAUUUCUCGAUGCUCACUGUGAGGUGAUCGAAGGUUGGUUGGAAGCACUGAUUGCACACGUGGCCCAGAACGAAACGAUGAUCGCCAUUCCGGCCAUCGAUUGGAUCCACGAGGACACACUCGCACUGAACGCACAGAACUCGGUCCGUUACUAUGGUUCCUUUGAUUGGGGAUUGAAUUUUCAGUGGGGUGUCCGGGCGGAUCGUAUCGUGCAGCAAUCGUCGCAUCCAGCGGCACCAUACGAUACACCGACGAUGGCCGGUGGGUUGUUUACCAUCCAUCGAUCAUUCUUCGAGCGGCUCGGUUGGUACGAUGAGGGAAUGCAGAUUUACGGUGGUGAAAAUAUGGAGCUUUCCUUCAAGGCGUGGAUGUGCGGUGGUAGGAUGCAGAUCGUGGCCUGCUCUCGAGUCGCCCACAUCCAGAAGCGUGGCCAUCCGUACCUAAACCAGGUGCGCGGAGGGUACGCCUCGGUACGGCGUAACUCGAUCCGAGUGGCCGAAGUAUGGAUGGAUGCGUAUGCGGACUACUUUUACGAAUCGUUCGGUGGCCGCGCGAAACGUGGUCAGUUCGGGGACGUCUCCUCAAGGCGUGAGCUACGUAAACGGCUCGGUUGUAAACCGUUCCGUUGGUACAUGGAGACCGUGUUCCCGGAACAGUUCGAUCCUAGCCGGGCGGUUGCACGGGGAGAAAUCCGAUUCGCUGAUGAUUGUAAGGAUUCUAGUCCCCUUUGUCUCGAUUGGCCGAGCUUGCUGAGUGUGGUCCGAUGUCAUGGUUACGGUGGCCAUCAGCACUGGUACCUGACGGCCAAGGGUGAGGUGACACGCGAAGAUCACUGUCUGGAUUACGAUGGUGAGCAGCUGAGCGUGGUGCGCUGUCAUGGGUUGGGUGGCAAUCAGCGGUGGAGCUGGUCGCCGGAUACGCGCCAGCUUAAGAAGCUCACGUACGAUCGUUGUUUGCAGUGGAAUGGCAAUGAGUUGCUGCUUGAGCCCUGUGAUUCGAGAGCACCAAGCCAGCGGUGGCAGUUUUUCAAUUAUCAACGCGACAAUCUGUGAUUUGGCUGCAGGAGUUUGAGUUUUGAGCACGAAAUGGCCAUCAGUGCCUAGCACGACCUGUUGGAAACCGAAUAUUAUCGGGUCUAUCAUGACAGCUUAUCACUGGACGGAUGGUUGUAAAGAUAAGCGAUAAAAAUGGUGCUAAACCAGUCGUUAUGCUUCGUAUUCAAGUUCGUUUUCGUUACGUUUACUGGCGUAUGUGCGCCUCUGGAAGAGAUCUCACGGAGCAGGUAUUUUAUUUAAAGGUAGUCACGCUGCACCAAACACAAAGAACAGUAAGGCUUCAGCUUUCACGCAUCUGCGCGUGUUUUCCAACAUAAAUUGCCAUUUACAGUUUGUUUUUAUUUGCCUCAAAUGUUAUCUUUGUAAAAUAUUAUACACUACAAGAAAAUAAUGUUAUAAACAUUCAAUUUAACUUGUAUCCCGUUUUCAAUUGUUUCCAUUUGUUUCGAAUAAUUUUAAUCGAAACGCGAUAGAAACUCGCCCCGUUUGAUAAAAAGUUUGUAGCCGCAUCCUAAGUAAAGCUGCACCACCGUACAAGUUAUAGCUAUAGUUAGAGGAACCCUUCAAAAUAAUAUAAGUAAACAAAUGUCGAAAUAAGUAAUGUAUUUUCAUCUACUACCCUAUUGGCAGGUGUCAAACAUGAAUAAACAUUUACACCGUGUCCAAUAUAUUCUCAUACAAAUUCAAUCAUUUAUAUUUUCUUAACUGGUGCACCAUUUUCUAUAUUCAGAGUGUUUUUUUAAAGAGAAACUUUUACUAAUCAAUUACAAAAUAUGUG